CCAGGAUAUAAUAUUAAACCAAGAAGAUUUUUCGUAGAAGGUAGAGUCUUCGCAGUUCUAUUCACCGAGGCGGCGGGAUCCACUGCAGUCACAGACUACAAUACCGCCAUUUCCUAUGUAAAAUACGACGAGGCCGUGCAUACACAAAUACGGCGUUUCGUGGUUGUUCGGGCCAAGACCGAAUUUUGCUUCGCUUGUCCUAUAUUCACCUAUAGUGGUCAAGGCACAAUGAAGUCCGGCGUUCGUCCUAAAGAGCAUGCCAUUGCUUACACGUGGGGCAGUACUCCAGCGCCGCUACCUGGAGAGACCGGGUUGGAAAAGGCACCAAUCCCCAUCAUUGGUGUCGAAGGCGAACCUCCUUUGGACAGAGCUUCCCGGAUAUACUUUGGAAUUCAUCACCCCAUUCAAUACAAUGUCAAGGUGAGAGACCUAGGUAGUGUGUACAGUUCUUAUGUCCCCACCUUGAUUGGAUACUGGAGCCUGGAAAACCCGCAACCGACCACCCAGGACACGGAUGUUACUGCGAAUGCAUGA